CAGAUCUGUACCAGCAUCAUCAAUUUGAAAAUCAUGACAAUGGAUAUCUCCCUGCUAUCAGAGAAACGGAUAACCGGAUAACGACGACCUUCCCGUACAGAGAGGAUGGAAUAAUAUGACGUCAAAAUGGGGGUAGUUGACCCCAAGAACAGCUUUGAUCAUGACGACGUCAUUUGAUUUCGAUUCUGAGAAACUCCGUCGUGGCAGUAUUGAAAAGGUCCAUGUCUUCUAACAGUAACCUCCAAGUUUAAUAGUGCUCUCUUCCACUCUAUUAAUAACUCUUAAGUACUCCCAUUGAACAGUCGAAAUUGAAAAACAGGCACACAAGAUGACAACGUUACACUAUCUGCCUCCCGUGAAGCCAUCCGCAAUCGCAGUAGGUACUGUUUUCACCCAUACUGCCUCAUUGGGUAUUCUCGCCCCCGUCUUUGGGGAAACGUACCACCGAGCGCAAGUUGCCAAUUCGAAGGAAGAAUUUAUCAAGUCCAAAGAGGCGGCUGGAACAGCUACAGCCUGGGGCAGCUCCCUAGUUGGAAGCGCUGUCCAGACAUAUGGGGUGGCAGCCCUCCUCAAUGCAACUGGAACUUUGAGCUACAAGGGAGCAGCUUACUUGGGAGGGUUGAUCUUCAUGGCUAGCGCUGCACCAAGUUUCAUCAGUCAGAUAUUCGCAGAGAAACAGCCCCUUGACACAAUCGCCGUGGGUGCAGUGAGUAGACUGUUUGAAACAGUAGGGCUGAGCCUGUUUCUAACCUGGUGGGGCACACGGACGAGCCCUUUUGACUAGACCCAUGUAGUAUAUUGUUCUACCAGACCAGCACUUUCUGGACUCUGUACAGUGAGUUUGAUUACCAGAUGGAUGGACCUAUAACUGAAUCGAACCUCGUCUUCUUUUCCAGACCCCUGUCUGUAUCAGUUUUCUCACGUCCCAAGUAAAUAGCAUUAAAUCUUUCGGGGAAAAAAAUAUGCCAACUGGACCGAGGAUAUUCAAA